UGGUACACGUGCAGAAGUAACACAUCAGAUGGGCCACUCACAAAGCGUUAACUUUUGCACGGGUUGUGUGUGACAACUGACAAGGAGAAUUUAUCUCCAUUACUCCAAAGCAUGUAUAUUCAUUGUGUGUUUAAGACUGUAAAAUCUUGUUUGCCUUCACAGUCCAGAGUCAUUGAUUCGAAGAUACGAGUACCAAGUUCCAGAAAUAUGUUUGCGUGGAGACUGCCGACAGUUUUCAUGGACCACCAGUCAGUCACAAUCAGCUUGCAAAAGACCCUCGGUCACAACCAGUUAACCACUAUCGACGCGGAGUCGCGGCCCUGUCCUCCUCCUCUCAACUGCCGCCGCGCCGCUGCUCCCUCCGCCGCCGGUAUGCUGCUCCUUCGGAGGCACCUCCUCCCUCUCCUCCGCGCGGCCUCCCCGCUCCCCGCCCGCAUCUAUUACCGCGCCUGCUUCCUCUCCACCUCCGCCUCCGCCGCCCCAUUCUCCCUCGUUGAGUACCUCGUCGCCGCCUGCGGCCUCGACUCAGCUCAAGCCCGCAAGGCAGCCCGGAAGGCGUUCGAUGAAGCAUCCAAAGGUAGCAGGAAGGCAUUCCAGGACAUCUCCAACUGCCGCCUCAACUCCGCAUCCAACCCGGACGCCAUCCUCGCUCUGCUCUCCGGCGCCGGCCUCUCCCGCGCCGACAUCGCUGCCGUCGUCGCUGCGGACCCGCUGCUCCUCCGCUCCUCGCCCAAGAACAUCGGCCCCCGCCUUCUUGCUCUCCGCGACCGCCUCGGUCUGUCCGCUCCCCAGAUGGUUCGCUUCCUCCUGGUCGGCUCACGCGCUGUCCGCAGCUGCGACGUCGUUCCAAGGCUCGAGUUCUUCAUCUCCUUCUACGGCUCAUUUGAACGGCUCCUCGUGUUCAUAAAGAAUCACAACAGCAUCCUAUUGUCAGAUCUUGAAAGGGUGAUCAAGCCUAACAUCGCGCUGCUUCGUCAGUGCGGCAUAAGUGUUCGAGAUAUUGCCAAGCUGUUCUCACUCAAAGCCAGGGUGCUUACCUUCAACCCAGAGCAUCUCAAGGAGGUAGUGCUACGCGCGGAAGAGCUUGGGGUGCCUCGCAGCUCAAGAAUGUUCUUUCAGGCGGUGUUCGUCGUCUCAAAUAUCACCAAAGAGAAGGUUGCUGCCAGGCUCGAAUUUUUGAAGAGUACUCUUGGUUGCCACGAGAGUGAAAUUGCCACUGCAGUGUCCAAGAUGCCAACCAUUCUAGGAAUAUCUGAGCAGAGCCUUCACCGCAAGAUUCAGUUCUUGGUCAAUGAGGUUGGACUGGAGCCUCAGUACAUUUUGCAAAGGCCUGCCCUGUUCACAUACAGCCUGGAGAAGCGGCUAGUGCCCCGGCAUUGUGUCAUGAAGGUCCUGCAGGCAAAGGGAUUUCUGAUUAGCAAUACGAGCUUUUACUCAUUUGCUCAAUAUGGAGAGGAGACUUUCAAAUUGAGGUACAUUGACAGUCACAAGGACUCUGUUCCUGGGCUUGCAGAUGCUUAUGCAACAGCUUGUUAGGUGUUCUCUAUGCAGGAUUCAGAAAAGCCACUGUAACCACCGGUGCCCUCUGUUUUGAGCUGCAUCUGAAAUUCCGACCUGUGGAGAACUCCUUGUUCACUGUAUGAUUAAAGUGUGGUUGCUGUUUAAGUUUCGGAAUAUUUUCCAUAACUCAUGUGCAGAAGGCAGCAAACAGAUAGGCCAAGCGCACGUUCAAAUUUUGUAUGGCAUGUGUGUAAUGAGAAGAACUGUCUUUAUAGAACAUGUGCUUAUUAGGGCAUC